UAAUCGAACACUAUAAAGCACUCUGUAGGGUUUAAAGGAUAAUGACACUUUACUCACCAGUCUGUAUUUUUAUAUUUAUUAAAGACUGAUUUUAAAAGUAUUCGCUUUUUAUUCACUGUUUGUAAGAAUGAAACAGUUUUGAUGUUUUUUCCUGAUGAAACUUGAACAGCUGUAUGGUGUAUGUAGUGAUGAGUGUGUAGUGAGUACUGCUGGGUUUGGGACAGAGCCGGAGCGCGUGACUCUGAAGGAGACUGAGAGGUGAAACCGAGCCUCUGUGUGAGACACGUGUGGAAGUGUGUGGAAGUGUGUGAGACAUGGCGGAGAUCUCGGACAGAACACUGCAGGUCGCCAUUUUGAUCUCCUUCGCCGCGGGCUUCAUGGCGGGUUGGCAGGCGAACCGAGCGCGCAGGAGAUUCCUGGACUGGAGGAAGAAACGACUACAGGACAAACUGUCAGAAACUCAGAAGAAGCUGGACCUGGCCUGAACACAAGCUGGACCAGAACCAGGAGCAGGUCCUGAACAGGUCUCGUGAAGACAGUCUUUUCCCCUCUGACGUCUGACCUGUGAACGUGGAGCUGCUGAUCCUGGAGCUGCUGAACCUGGAGCUGCUGAUCCUGGAGCUGCUGAUCCUGGAGCUGCUGAACCUGGAGCUGCUGAACCUGGAGCUGCUGAUCCUGGAGCUGCUGAACCUGGAGCUGCUGAUCCUGGAGCUCCUGAGCUUCUGUUUGUUUUUACACGAUGUUGAGAAACAGAAACACAUUCGCGACUUUACAGACGGUUACGGAGUUUUAUCUGAUUUACUGUUUUAUUAUUAUAAACUAAAAUAAAUGUUUUUGUAACUGGAUCUUUUCCAUAAGCUGUAGAAAUCAAAUCAAUGAAAUAUUUUACUUGUUCAUGUGAAUCUGCAUGUUUUGAUCAAUGAACAUAAAUAUUUUCUCUUUGUUUA